UUGGCGAAAAUCCUUUCCCAACAAUAAUUGAAAAUUUGCCUGUUGAUUUACGGGAGGGUCUCUUUUUCCCAUGCUCCAAUGGAACGUCGUACUACAAAGAAUCAUCUGAAGAAUUCAUUAAUCUACGUAUGGGAUGUACUAUUGGGACUGCAGGUGGAACUGCUUCUGGAACAUUGGGGGGAUUUGUAGACUUAGGACAAGGAGACGUAGGUUUCAUUACCUGCGCUCAUGUCUUGCACGAAAAACUACCAAUUAUCAAGGAAAUUAUGACGGCAUCCUUUUCUGUUGUGCAACCAGACUUUGGAAAAUGUGGAACAAAUAAAAUUUGUGGACAACACAUUCGAGCUGUCUGUCCGUUUUCAAGGGGACCUAAUGCAACAUCCGUUGAUGAAGCUUUGGUAAAAGUAUCUUCGAGCAGGAAACCAGUAAAUGGUUUGUUUGCUGGAUUACAUGUAUCACCGAAGCAAGUGUGUGAAGCAAGGUUUAACAUAGAGAAACCGCCUUCAUUUAGUAUUGGGGAGAUCAGAGAUCUGCGUGGAAGCAUUUCAAGUGAACACAGAUUCAAACCGUGCUUUAAAGUAGGUGCAGAAUUUGGUCUAUCUAAAGGAAGUCUACACCUUAACUGCACGGCUGUUCGGUUAGUAUCUGGUACAUUGAAACGACAGCCUGGGGCGAGGGGAUGUCAGGGAAAGCACAAUGCAUAUGUAUGGAAUCCGAAUAGGGCCAUGCAGUUCAAAAUCGCAACAUCGAGUAUCAACUAA